AUUAUUGUUUACUGUCAGCCGAGGUGGCCACUACCUUUCAUCGUGAAUAGCAAAUGUCAAAAAGUCACAAUAAUAAAACAAGAACAUUCAGCGGCAGUUCAACUUUGAAUCUUGAAGCGAUUAGUUUUAUAACAGCAUUCUGCGGACAGGAUCCGAAAAAUGGAAAAUACCAUGAAUAAGACUCAGUUGGCUACAGAAUUGCGAGCAGCGGGUGUAAUUUUUGGGAAAGAUGCCACAGUUGCAGAUUUGCGUGCGAUGUACUCCGCAAAACUUGGGAAAAAUUCUACGGGAAAAAAGAAUUCCGAUCAGGCGAUACAGAGUAAUUCCGAGAAAAGCUGCGCUGACGAUCGUAAGUUAAAUACGAAUGAUGAAAGCGAACAAGAAAAUUUGAACGAUUCGCCGGGAGAGCCGAAAACGAAAACCGCUAUUCAGUUAUACGAAAUCCAAUUGGAAGAAGAAUUGCUAGAUGCAAAGUUGCGUGUAUUGGAGAAAAAGAAGCGAAUUUUUGAAUUGGAAUCAGGCAUGUGUUCUCCAUUAGUUCAGCAAUUUAUGAAACCCAGCUAUAAAGACGUUAAGCAUUUGGUUCCGUUAUUCAGCGGUUCUGACGACUACGACGCCGAGAAGUGGCUUGGAGAUUUUGAACGAGCGUGUGACGCGAUUAAUGCUCAUCAUCUGAAUUCUUCCGUCAAUCCAUGAAAAGUGACUCAGAAGCCGAAUUAUUUUUACGCACCGAUUGUUCAGCAACAUAUUCAGAGAUUCGAGCAAAUUUUUUAGCGAAUUUUGGUCACAUUUAUUCCGUCAGUGAGGUUAUUGACAAAUUACGAAAAACCAUAUUCCAAUCAGCAAAAACAAGUGUGAUGGGUUAUAUUUUAAAAAUGCAAGAAAUUGCAUCAAGAGCUCAUAUUGAAGAAGAGCAAACCUUUCAGUUCAUUAUUGCUGGGUUCCAAGAUACCUCACCACACAUUGCCGUUCUGUAUCCAGCUACAACCAUUAUUCGUUUGAAAGAAUUGUCGCAUAGGUAUGCACAAUUGCAUGAAGUGUGACGUUCACAACUUCAGAUUUUUUCUCAACCGCCCCCUAGUGCUCGACCAAAAUCGAAAUCAUUUUAUUCAUCAUCGGUUGGAGUUCCUCCUAUUUCCGAAUCCAACAUUCAAUGCUACAAUUGUUCGGGCUAUGGCCACCGUUCUGCGUCCUGUUCAGCCACUAAGCGAGAGAAAGGUUCCUGCUUUCGAUGUGGAUCAACUCAGCAUCAACUUAAAAAUUGCCCGAAGCCGAGACCACCACCGACAAGCAAUCAAGUUGCUUUAAUUGAUGAUGUUGGAGAAUCGUGUAUAGCUCUUGAAGAGCUUAAUAAGGUGAGUGUUACUUUUCUGACUGAUGGUUCUGUGCACAUAAGUAAGAGUUUGGUUUCUCUUCUCGAUUCAGAUAGUCCAAUUAGUUUGGUGAAGCAUUCAGCGGUCCCAAGGCAACUAAUGCGAAGUGACAUGAAAUAUUCCGGAUAUGAGGGGCUCGAACGAUUUAAAAUUUGCACGUAUGGUGUAAUUUUGGUUAAAGUUCAGUUUAAAAAUGUUACUAAAGAAAUAAAAAUGUAUAUUAUUCCGGACAAUUUGAUGUCAUAUUCAGUUUUGUUGGGCCGUAUU